AUGAGCACGAUGCGCAAAGAAGGCUGCCCGGUCACCUCUCAGAUGCUGCGGUGCAAGGCACUCGAGGUUGCUGCCGACGAAGGACUCGCUCCGGAAAAGUUCAAAGCGUCGCAUUCACGGCGUCGGCGCUUCAUGCGACGGCAUAAACGCUCGAUCCGUACCCGAACGCGACAGGGGCAAACGACACCCGAAGAUGCUGAAGCUGCCAAGGCCAAGUUCAUUGCCGACGUCCGGGCGGCUAUAAUCGAACACGGGAUCACAACCGUGUACAACGUGGACCAGACAGGUGAGGAGCUGUCCUAA